GAAAGUUAUUCUCCUUAACUAGCUAAUAUCCAUCCCUUCAUCCGGAACGGGUUCUCACCUUGGCCAUGGCCUCCCUUCCUCUGCCUCUCUUCUUCCUCUUGCUGGUCGUCACUUACAGCUAUUGUAGGACCAUCGAAAACUUAGAUGAAGGUUUCACAGUCGCAAUGGUGAAAGACCCAUUCUAUAUGCGAGAGAACACCACCACCAAGCUCUACUUUCUUGCCGUCGACCCAGAUACACCUUCGGCAGGACACAAAUUCCAAAUCAAGCCUUUGUGGGUGGCAGUUAGUUUUGUAUUGCCUACACUCUGUUUCCUUCUAUGCUGGUUAACCAUAAAACGUUGCAAACGGAUCGUUAGCUACAACAAGACCAGCGCCAGUCGACAGCCAACACUCUUCAGCCCAAUGAUCAGGCGCGCUGAAGAUCUCUCCUUCUUAGAAGAGCUAGACAAUGGUGGCCUCCUCCUAGAAACUAUCGGUCAUGGAGGGUGCGGCGAGGUCUACAAAGCUGACAUUUUCAAUGGUGACAGAGAGAUACUGAUUGCAAUCAAGAGGAUCAUGCAACCAGCAAUCGACGCGAAUAAACUCUGCAAAGAAGAAUCUAAUCUUCUGAACCACCAGAUGCGGCAGAUCAGAUCAGAAAUCCAGACAGUUGGGCAAAUUAGACAUCGAAACCUUCUUCCUCUGUUAGCUCACAUUCCAAGGCCCAAUUGCCAUUACCUUAUCUAUGAAUUUAUGAAGAACGGAUCCUUGCAUGAUGCACUCAAGGAUGUGUCAAAUGGAUUGAGGGAGCUACAAUGGACAGUGCGGUACAAGAUUGCGGUUGAUGUAGCUGCUGGCCUUGAGUAUCUCCACAUCAUGAACAGACCUCGCAUAAUUCACAGAGAUCUGAAGCCAGCGAACAUACUGCUUGAUGAUGAUCUGAAUGCUCGGAUAUCUGAUUUUGGGCUUGCAAAAAUGGUGCCAGACAUAAUAACCAGCGCUGAGAUGAGAUCGGAGGUGGCAGGAACAGUUGGUUACAUUGCACCUGAGUAUCAUCGGACACAAUCUUUUACUGAUAAAUGUGAUGUAUAUAGUUUUGGAGUGACUCUGGCUGUGCUUGUCACUGGCAAGUUUCCAACUGAUAAUUUCUUUCAGACAACUAAUGAGAUGUGCAUUGUAGGAUGGGUUAGGACCGCGAUGGCAUCCAAUGACCCGAGGGUGGUCAUAGACCAGAAGCUGUUGGGGAGCGGCUUCGAGGAGCAAAUGCUACUGGUGUUGAAGAUUGCUUGUUUUUGUACAUAUGAUGAUCCAAAAGAGAGGCCUAAUAGUAGGGAUGUUCAUCAUAUGCUAUCCCAGAUAAAGCAUUAGGGUUGUUAUGAAUGCCUGAAUACUCGAGCAAUAUGGUUCGUUUCUCUGUGUUUUGGCGUAGUGCAAGUUAUCUACUACAUCGAUCCGUUAUUUC